AGGCCUUUACUGUCAGUGAAAACACCUCAGGCGAUUAAUUGUAAAAAGAACUUGAGUCGCGCUUGUCAUGCCAUCAUGAGAUUCGUUUACAUGAAAAUAUCUUACGUCAUUUGCUGAGCUCACUUUAUAAGAUAUAAAUUUAUAUAAAGAUAUUUCCAAUUUUCUUGACAAGUAAGAAACCAAGUGAACAUUAAAAAUGAGUUUCUUUAAAAUAUUUGGUGGAAAGAAAGAAUCUGCAGCUCCAACAACCGCUGAAGCAAUACAAAAGUUACGAGAAACAGAAGAAAUGCUAAUUAAAAAACAAGAUUUUCUCGAAGGAAAGAUUGACCUUGAAAUUCAAACUGCCAGGAAACAUGGCACAAAAAACAAACGAGCGGCUAUUCAAGCGUUGAAAAGAAAAAAACGCUAUGAAAAACAAUUACAACAAAUAGAUGGAACAUUGUCCACAAUCGAGAUGCAGAGAGAAGCAUUAGAGAGUGCUAACACUAAUACUGCAGUUCUUACGACAAUGAAAAGUGCUGCAGAUGCUCUAAAAGCUGCACAUCAACACAUGGAUGUUGACAAAGUUCAUGAUAUGAUGGAUGACAUUGCAGAACAACAGGAUGUUGCUCGAGAAAUUUCAGACGCAAUCUCAAAUCCUGUUGCAUUCGGUCAAGAUAUAGAUGAAGAUGAGUUAGAAAAAGAAUUAGAAGAAUUGGAACAAGAACAACUUGAUAAGGAAUUGCUUGGUAUUGAAAAUACGGAUGAACUGCCUGCAGUACCGGCAACUGUACCUGCAGAACCAGCUAAAUUUCGUUCAAAACCAAAACCGGUCGAAGAGGAUCCCGAUCUAAAGGAAUUACAAAUGUGGGCCACAUAAAACGUAUUUCAACCAGCUUAGAAAAUAUUUGUGGAGCUACUUUGUAAAAUUAUAAUUUUAAUAUAUCUUUCAGGAUAAUCAUAUAAAUAAUUAAACAUUAUUUUUUUAUCGACAUUAAAUUUUUAAAUAUAUUACUACUUAAGAAGUAACCUGUGAAGAAAACUUUUACUUUUAUUUGAUGUUUAUUACAUAACAUCGGACCAUGUGCUACUUUAUUAUAAAACGCAAGUCAAAUAGUUUAGAAUGUCCCAAUUCUUAUUUUCACAUUGUCUUAUUCUAUGAUUUUAGUAUUGAUUCUAACUAAAAAGUAAUUAAUGAUGUCAUGAAUCCUUACGACUACGAAUUUUAUUCUGUUUUGGAAAAUAAACAGUUUUGGAAAUGAA